UUUUUUUUAAAAAAAAAAAAAAAAGAAACUCCUGGAAUAAAUUAUUUAUAUUUUUUCUUUUAAAAACAGAACGCGUGAAUAGAUCAAGAUGGCAUUGCGUGUACCUAAAAGCACUCUUCCUCAACUCUUUAAAGAUGGUUAUAAAUUUCAACAAGGUGUAGAAGAAGCUGUUCUUCGUAAUAUUGAUGCUACUCAUGAACUUUCUGAAGUUGUUAGAACUUCUAUGGGACCUAAUGGCCGUAAUAAGAUGAUCAUCAACCAUCUAGAGAAGCUUUUUGUUACUAACGAUGCUGCUACCAUCAUUCGGGAACUUGAUGUUAUUCAUCCUGCUGCUAAGCUUAUGGUGAUGGCCUCUCAACAACAAGAGAGUGAGUUAGGUGACAAUACUAAUUUAGUCAUCGUCUUUGCCGGUGAACUUUUACAAAAGGCUGCUGAUCUUUUAAAACUCGGUCUUCAUCCUUCAGAAGUUGUUCAAGGUUAUGAAUUAGCUAGAGAUCGUGCUUUAGCCAUCCUCGAAGAAUUAUCUAUGGAUAAGGUCAAGUCAUUAACAGAUCGCAAUGAACUUUUAAAGAUUGUUAAAGGCACAAUUUCUUCAAAGCAAUAUGGUUAUGAGAGCUUUUUAGGAGAUUUAGUUGUUGAAGCAGCAUUAAAUAUUAUGCCCAAAAACCCUAAAGAUUUCAAUGUUGAUAAUGUCCGUGUUGUUAAAGUGAUGGGUUCUAGUAUUCAUGAAUCCCGUGUUGUCCGUGGUAUGGUGUUUGGACGUGAGCCUGAAGGCAUUGUACAAAACGUAAAGAAAGCCAAAAUUGCUGUUUUUACUUGCCCCUUGGACAUUUCACAAACGGAAACAAAAGGCACAGUUUUGAUUCAUAAUGCACAAGAAAUGUUGAAUUUCAGUAAAGAUGAAGAAAAACAAGUAGAAAAGAUCUUCCAAGAAUUGGCUGAAGCAGGUGUUAAAGUUGUAGUUACAGGAAAUGGUAUCGGAGAGCUUGCUCUUCAUUAUUUGAAUAGAUACAAUAUUAUGGCUGUUAAAGUACUUUCUAAAUUUGAUUUACGUCGUCUUUGUCGUGUUAUUGGUGCCACCGCCCUUGCUCGUUUAGGUACUCCUAUGGCUGAAGAAAUGGGUGAAUGUGAUGUUGUUGAGACAGUUGAAAUUGGUUCUAAUCGAGUUACUGUUUUCCGUCAAGAAGAAUCAGACAUCUCUCGUACAACUACCAUCGUCAUUCGUGGAGCUACACAAAAUCAUAUGGAUGAUAUUGAACGUGCUGUAGAUGAUGGUGUUAAUAUGAUUAAGGCUGCUACUCGUAAUCCACUUUUAUUAGCCGGUGCUGGUGCUGUUGAAAUGGAAUUGAAUAAACGUCUUCAACAAGUAGCUGCUAAAACACCAGGUUUGAACCAACAUGCUAUUAAAAAGUAUGCAGAAGCCUUAGAGGUCGUCCCUCGUACACUUUGUGAAAAUGCUGGUAUGGAUGCUACAGCUGUCCUUUCACGCUUGUAUGCAGCACAUUAUCAAGAAGGUGAUGCUGGUUUAAAUAUUGGUAUCGAUGUUGAGAAUGAAACAGAUGGUACUUUAGAUGCUAGUAAGGCAACCAUUUUUGAUUCUUUUGCCUCAAAGUAUAGUGCAUAUAAGUUAGCCUCUGAUGCUGCGAUAACUGUUCUUCGCGUUGAUCAAAUUAUUAUGUCAAAACCUGCAGGUGGUCCUAAGCCUCUUAAGAAAGACGGUCAUUGGGAUGAAGAUGAUUAAUUUGUUUUACUAUAAUUUUAUUGUAUUUAAACAUUAUAUCAAUAUAUACAUGUAUAUCUAAAAAAAAAAAAAAGGGUCCAAACAAUGAUUUAUUAG